AUGCCGCCUGAUUCUCUGGGUGAGCCCCUCGCACAACCACUCUUUGUCUCUCGUCACUCUUUGAACAUUCAGGAACUGCCACGUUCAACGCAGUCCACCAUCAACAACUCACGAACUCCACAUGCGCACCCUCAGCAAAACCUUGACAUCGAGCUGAAUUCGCUCUCUUCCACUGCACGCGACGACGACUCAGACACGUCCCUGUCAGACAUCGGAGAGAACGAGGGCGACAGACUUGUGCCCGGCGGCUCAGCAACCCAGAUGAAACGCGCAUCACGCCGGAACAAGAGCAAGAGCCCGCAUCCGGAUCUCAAGAUACAAGUCAACGGCAACGGAGGAGCCAAUGGCCAUUUGAACGGGCACGCCAACGGCAGCGCGUCCUCCAGUAUGGAGUUGAGACGCAAGCAUGUCACCAACGAAGACUCCCAUCGCGAUGAGCUCAUGUCGCAUUCACAAUUCUCCCUCGAUUCCGAGCCUCCUCCACCGACCCCUCAGACACCGGGCAUGGUGACCACCUCCUUUUCCUCCCUACCGAUCACAGACAAGCGCAACUUUCUCCUGUUAUGUCUACUCUACUUCCUCCAAGGCAUCCCGAUGGGCCUCGCUGCCGGCUCCGUGCCAUUCCUCCUCAAGAACUACCUCUCCUAUACUCAAAUCGGAAUCUUCUCGUUAGCGAUAUACCCAUACAGUCUAAAGCUGCUCUGGUCGCCAAUAGUGGACGCAGUAUGGUCACGCAGAAUUGGACGCCGCAUGUCGUGGAUCCUGCCCAUCCAGACAGUGUCCGGAUGCAGCAUGAUCUACCUUGGAGGACAGAUCGACAAAAUGAUGGUAAAGGCUGGUGCUGACAGCGGUUCUGGUGUUUGGGGCUUUACUGGCUGGUGGUUUUUACUCGUCUUUCUCUGCGCGACACAAGACAUUGCUGUAGAUGGCUGGGCCAUCUCGCUGCUGUCAAUGGCGAAUAUAUCCUACGCAUCGACUGCGCAGACUGUUGGCCUAACAGCUGGCUCCUUUCUCUCGCACACCGUCUUUCUCGCGUUACAAGCGCCUGACUUUGCGAACCACUGGUUUCGAACCGUACCGAGUAAAGUCGGACUGCUCACACUUGGCGGAUACAUGGAGUUCUGGGGCUGGGUGUACCUGGCGGUCACACUUGGACUGGCCCUAUUGAAGAAAGAAGAGAAGACGAGAGACCGCGAGGGCAUUAUGGAGGUCUACCGCUCAAUGUGGCAAGUCAUCAAACUGCCCAACAUUUUGACGAUAGUCGCCAUACACCUGAUCUCGAAGCUCGGAUUCGUCACCAACGAGGCCGUCACCAACCUCAAACUACUGGACAAGGGCUUCGGUCAGGCCAAUCUAGCCCUGGUCGUGCUCAUCGACUUCCCCUUCGAGCUGGGUCUAGGCUACUACGCGGGCAAAUGGUCAACAGAAUACACACCCCUGCGACUGUGGUGUUGGGCGUACGUCGCUCGACUUGUCGCAGCGCUUUUCGCACAGCUGACUGUCGUCAUCUACCCAACAGCACACGACGAAGCCGUACCCGCAUGGUACUUGCUUACCGUCAUCGUGUCUCACGUCUACUCGACAUUCACAAGCACCAUCAUGUUCGUCGCCUCGGCUGCUUUCCACGCCAGAAUAGCAGAUCCCAACAUCGGCGGUACAUACAUGACGCUACUUGCCACUGUAUCAAACCUCGGAGGCACCUUCCCCAAAUUCUUCCUCCUCAAAUCCGUCGACCUCUUCACCAGCGCAACCUGCCAACCCCUAGACCGCGCCUCAUCCGCCUUCGACGACUUCAUCAAAGCCAACCCCGACAUCACGCCCAUCACCGAGGCCUUCUCAUGUGCUCUCGAAGCCGAGAAGAACGCCUGCAUCAAAGGCGGCGGUACCUGCACAUCGAGCGCGAUGGGUACUACAUCACGAACAUCGUCUUCGUCCUGA